CUUCUGGCGUUUUACAAGAAUUUAGAAAACAGAAACGUGGGCAUCUGUGUGUAUGUAUGCAUGUAUAUAUGUGUGGACUUGCAUGCAGUAAUGACUUGGAAACUGUUUAAUAACCCCCACUGGAACUCCAACAUGAUCUGAAAAGGUCCAUUCUCUUUCCACACUCAUAUCCAGUAAAAUUCCCUUUGCUAAUUCUUGUAUUUAGGCUUGGGCCUGAGGGACUAGUGCAUGUGACAGGGGAAAGCAGAAGAGUCAUGAUGACACAACUCCCUGAGUCUUCCCUUUCCAAUGUGAAGGUAGAAGAGAAGACCUUGAAAUCUAGUGUUAUCUAAUCUUGAGACAGACUUGGCCUUCUAACAUGAUGGUUCCCCAGCAUCAAAUACGCUGACACCCACCCACCCAGUCUCAGAUGGUGCGAAUUCCUGUUUGGACACCGAAGGUUUAGGUGUAUCAAGCACUUCAGAGCCAAAAUGAUCUUCCCAGAGACAGAAACAACAAAGACAGAAGAGGAGCCACUGAAAUCACCGGCCUUCUGAGGGGUGUGUGACACAAUUUCCUGAAGCUGGAUAGUUCCCAAGGUUCACGUGAACAUAACCUCAGAUGGAGUCCUGGGAAGAAGGCUGGAGACUUCAGGUAGUUGAAGAAGAAAAAACAUGAUACAAUGGAGGAGGGAAAUUACACCAGAGUGAAAGAUUUUAUUUUUCAAGGACUGACCCAGUCCCGAGAGCUGAGCUUGGUCUUAUUUCCUCUGUUAUUUUUGGUGUACACAUCAACUGUGAUGGGAAACCUCCUCAUCAUGGUCACUGUGACCUGUGAGUCCCGCCUUCACACCCCCAUGUACUUCCUGCUCCGCAAUCUCUCAGUCUUGGACAUCUGCUUCUCCUCCAUCACUGCUCCCAAGGUCCUCGUGGACCUUCUGUCAAGGACAAAGACCAUCUCCUUCAAUGGUUGCAUCACUCAGAUGUUCUUCUUCCACCUUCUCGGUGGGGCAGACAUUUUUUCUCUCUCUGUCAUGGCCUUUGAUCGCUACAUGGCCAUCUCCAAGCCCCUGCACUACGUGACCAUCAUGAGUAGGGGGCGAUGCACUGCCCUCAUUGUGGCCUCCUGGGUGGGGGGCUUCGUCCACUCCAUCGUGCAGAUUUCCCUGUUGCUGCCCCUCCCCUUCUGUGGGCCCAAUGUUGUUGAUGGCUUCUACUGCGACGUCCCCCAGGUCCUCAAACUCAGCUGCACCAACACAUUUGCUCUUGAGAUCUUAAUGAUUUCCAACAAUGGUUUAAUCUCUACACUAUGGUUUGUCUUCCUCCUUGUGUCCUACACAGUCAUCUUGAUGAUGCUGAGGUCUCAUGCUGGAGAGGGCAGAAGGAAAGCCAUCUCCACCUGCACCUCCCACAUCACUGUGGUGACUCUGCACUUUGUGCCCUGCAUCUAUGUCUACGCCCGGCCCUUCACUGCCCUCCCCAUGGACAGAGUUGUCUCCAUCACCUUCACGGUCAUCAUCCCUGUCCUGAACCCCAUGAUCUACACCCUGAGGAACCAGGAGAUGAAGUCAUCCAUGAAGAGACUGAGGAGAAGACUUGGACCUUCCGAAAAAGAAUAG